GAGAGAGAGACAGAGAGAGAGACAGAGAGAGAGAAACAGGUGAAAGAAAAGAAGAGAGACAGAGCAAAGGGAUCACACAGCCCACAAACAUUCGUGCACACACGCACCCUGACUGCAAGAGACAGAAGGCAAGACCACACUUCAGACAGCAGAGCUCCAUCCUGGAAGAUGCUGAAGCCUUCUUGGAGCUGUCUCGGGGCCCUGCUCGUGGCCCUGCUGUUUCAGACCUCAGAGUCGGUUUAUAAUCCGUGCCCGGACGUCAGACAGUGUAAAGAUAAAGCAACACCAGAGAGUUACACUGCAUGCCUCAAAUCCUGUGAUCUGGACCAUGCACUCUAUGGAUCAAAUGAGCUGAAACGUAGCACAAAGCAAAGAGAUAUCCAUGAUGAUACCAUCAGUAGUGAUGAAGGGAAUGUGGACCAAAAGAUACGGGAGCUAAUGCAGGGGGACCUCCUGGACCUGGUCUCUCCAGGAGUUUGGGAAGAGGACAAAGAGGUGCAAGGAGAGGAUCAGCCACUGAUCCGAAAAGCCAGGCGAUUGGAUGCCAAAAGGUCCUACUCCAUGCAGCACUUCCGCUGGGGGAAGCCAGUGGGUAAAAAGCGGCGCCCUGUGAAGGUCUUUCCCAAUGGGGUAGAAGAAGAAUCUGCAGAGUCUUACCCUGUAGACUUCAGAAGGGACCUCUCCAUGAAGAUUGACUUAGCUGAUGCUCCUGAGCUAGAUGAUAAUGACACGGGGCAUACCCCAGGACCAAGUGGAGAAGGGGGCUAUAGGAUGGAGCAUUUCCGGUGGGGUACCCCGCCCAAGAUUAAGAAGAAGAAUAAGAAUAAGAGUAAGGAUAAGGAUAAGAAUAAGCGAUAUGGCGGCUUCAUGGCUUCUGAGAAGAGUCAUACCCCUCUUAUGACACUGUUCAGAAACGCCAUUGUUAAGAAUGCCCACGAGAAGGGGCAGUAAUGGAGGAGCUGGGGGAGGGACAACCCUAGGUUUUCUAUGAGUCCCUUCUGCUUCCUCUCCUUUCCUCCUACAUUCCUAUCUCCCAUUUCCCAGGCUUGGGGUGCUACAUAGUCAAACCCUCAGCAGCCAUGCCUUCACCUGCUAAAGCUGUCUGUCUUUAGGAAAUAA